CUAAACAAAUUGUUCAUGUUUUUUUUUCAUGUGCUGCUCCAACAAUCAGCGUUAAUCGGUUUGGCAUUUUUGGCUGCAGUUGGCAUCACAUUGCUUGUUCUAGGAUGUGCACUGGAACAGUUCAACAACUGGUGGCCGAUGUUUGUGCUAAUAUUCUACUUGCUGGUGCCAAUACCUACAGUAAUUUCUCGGCGUUUGUCAGGGGGGUAUGACACAGCCAGUAAUGCCUGUGUAGAGCUGUGUAUCUUCCUUACCACUGGAAUUGUCGUCUCCUGUCUUGCCCUUCCUAUUGUGUUGGCACAUAAAGGAACAAUAGAGCCAGGAGCCUGUGGCCUGGUUACAUCAGGCAGUGUUGUAGUGUUCUUGACAAUUCUCGGAUACUUCUCCGUGUUUGGCAAUGACGACUUUGAUUAUUCAUCAUGGUAGACUUGUACCUUGAGUGCCAACAGCCAACAUUGAGCUUUCAAAAUCCAUUGAACAAGAUCUGGGACUGAUACUAGAUACAUGUAUUACCAUAACUGCUGGUUUUAAGCUUUUCCCGCCAAUAGCUUUUAUAGAGUCUUUAGCAAAUGCAGUUAAAUUUUUAUAGUGUUUCUAAUUUAUGAUCGAUAUUACAUAUUGUUAUUAUUUGAAAAAGUGUUGCAAUGAGAAAGCACCUCAUAAACAUGUAUUGGUGUAUUGCUUAGAAUAAUCAUCAUUUUCAUUUAUAUGUAUUUUCAGAAAAUGUAUUAUAUCUUAGUACUGUACUGUAAAUCACAAAGAAAUUCAAUGUGAAAAAAAAACGUGUUUUAUAAAUAGUUAUGGCAUGAGUAGAAUACACUAUAUUUCCCAACAGUUUCAUGUAUUUGGAAUAUCACCCUUAUAAACGAUGCAUACUAUUAUUCAAGGAGCAUUGUUGUAUGUCUAGAUAAUGGUUAUACAGGUAUGAAAAUAUCCAAAUUUUGACAAAAUGUGAGUAAGAGGGAUUCAUGCCCUUGAUCCCUAUCAAAAUUUGUAUUUACAGCCUUUUCCAUUUCGAAGUAUUUAUCACUAUUUUAAAUGCAAAUGUCAAAAAUAACAACUUUACAAUAGUCUAGAGUUAAAAGCUUGCAAUUCUAAUUUCAUUAUUUAUCCUGAAAUGUAUCAUCCCUGGUUAUAGCAAUCUGCAUCAAAGUAUAGGUUGUCAAAAACAACUGAUGGACUUGUAUUAUUCUAGUGUUGUGAUUGAACAACUGUAAUAUACAUCUAACUUCUUUUCUGUAUUACAUGUUCCUUUAAUUUAUUAUAAAGUAUAUCAACAAUGAUAUCAAAUCACUUUCACUAAAAGGGAAGUACAUAACAAUCCAAGUCAUUUAAGUGCUUAUUGUUUGAAUGGUUUUAUUGUCAUGUAUUGAGUAAGUGUUAUCAACAAGUGUUAUGUUGAAAGCUACUGAAUGGUUUAUAAUCAUAUACAGUUGAACCUUUUUGGCCCUAACUCCCAGGGAUUGGAGAAAAUACUUGAACCUCGGGAAAUUUGAGCCAAGCGGGAAUGCUUACCUUCAUUAGAAAUAAAUCGGUCCUUUACACCUAGUUGGAGCCAACAUGGUAAUCUAGCCAAGUGAGUUUGAUCCAACAGGGUUUGACUGUACCAAAAUGGCAACAUGUAUUGGUACGAUUAUGUACACUGUGGAUCAAUCAAAAGUGAACAUGUACUUCAGCUAGCCACCAAUUAUAAUAUUGAAUGGGAUUUGUCAUACAUCACAUACAAACCCAAGGUAUAUUAUACAACUAUUUUUGUUGUCAACUCCACAUUCAUUUUGUAAGAAAAAAGUGUGAGUUAAUAUAUUUCUUUAUCCUGGUUUUGUGUUGUUUCCUAAGCGUGUCUUAAUUUACCUCAAAUACCAGUACAUAUUUAUUUUUGUAUUUCAUCAUGAUAAUUAGAUCAAGUUAUUGUUGUUGCUUACUUUCCUUGUUCCAAGUUACCAUACUAAAUUUAAGAGAAUUGAAACAGGAUGUGAAACUCGUAAUGGUAUUUUAAAACCUGUUGUACAUAUGUAUUCAAUGUUUCUAUUUUAUUUUCAUAUUCUUUGUACAUAUAUAUUAACACUGUUUCUUUAAUAGUGCCAGAUAGUGUUGUUUCCUGUCUGAACAAGUUAAACUACACCAUCAUAAUAAUACACAUGUAGAACUGCAAGUCUUACUGUUACUUAUGUGAAUGUAAUUUUGAGGUCUUAUUAUUUUUGACCUGCUUGUUAUCAUUUUGUUAUUUAUUGUGUAGAUUAUGCAUAAAUGAAGAAACUUUA